UAAUUCGGCCCUAGAAGAGACGGUCUUUUGAGACACGUGUUGACCAAAUGGCUAUCAUCUCUUUCUCUCUCUCAACGGAAUGCUCUUCAUCAUCAAAAGUUCAAAGCUUUCUACUUUGUGGAUCUCUCCAUCAAUGGAUGUCUGUGUGUUUUUUGCAGAGAGAUCAGAUCGUGAUGUUUGGCGUUCACGAAAGGCUGAGUUCUUUUACGGAUGCAGCAAUUGAAUCUGAAGCAAAGAACAAGAGGAAGUAAAAUUGCAAUAGAGGUCGAAGUUCCAACAAUGACGGAAGCCACCGUUAAGCUCACAAUCAAAUUGGGAGGAAGAUUAAUAUCACUUUCGGUAUCACCUGACGAUACAACCAAAGACCUCAAAUCUCUUCUUCAACCAAUCACCAACGUUCUUCCUCGUGGUCAGAAACUCAUCUUCAAAGAAGUUCUUGAGUUAGCUGGAAAUGCAAGUAAGCACCUGAAAGUGAAGAGGAUAACUCCAAAAAAUUUACAGUUGGCGAUCAGAGGAGAUGAGGAGCUUCACACGCUCAUCAAAGGAACCAUUGCCGGAGGUGGUGUGAUCCCACACAUCCACAAGUCUCUCAUUCUUACGGUGGGAAUUAGUCUCAGUUGUGGUGGCGUUACAUUACAGACGCUUGAUACAUACAUAUUACAUACCUUUGAUGAAUGAUCUUCUGUUUCAUGUAUUUACUAUAAAUAAGAAACUUGCAAUGGAGACAAAAAAAGUGUCAAGGUUCUUAAUUAAGUCUCUUAUCCAACUUUACUCCUUAAAUACUAUUAAAAAAAUUUAAGAGACACU